AUGGCCCUCCUCGAGAUGAUCGUGGAACGACUGCAACUGGCAGCGACCGCGGUCGCCUCACCCCCCAAGUCCACCAAACCGGUGGCUGACGAACCUCGCGUGGUACAACCAGAAGCCCCUCGCCAGUUAGCCCAAGAACUCGCCCAAAAACGUGUGGACCACAAGGGCAAAAUCGCGGCUGACGACGAGGACGAAGUCGAGGAAAGCAAAGACGAGGCCCAACCGGCUGUCUACGCCCCUCACGCGCUUCCUACCGCUGCGACCGCGACCCCGGACUUCGUCAACAAUCUUGACCCAUGA